AUGGCUUCUGAUAAAAUUUACAAAAUUGUUAACGCAAGAAUCCUUUUAAAUCAUGAAAUCGUUACUGAUUCUUAUCUUUGGUAUCAAAAUGGAAAAAUCAUUCAUCCCCAAAAUCUAUUCUUUUCUGCUCGUCGGGAUGCUGAUGAAAUUAUUGACGCUCAGGGUUUACUUGUUGUACCAGGAUUUAUUGAUACCCAAAUCAAUGGUGCUUAUGGAAUAGACUUUGCUGAUCAUGAUGAACCUGUUGAAGUGAUAGAACAAAAUAUUAGUAAAGUAGCUAAAGGGCUUUUGAAGUAUGGUUGUACUGCUUUUUGUCCUACUGUGGUUAGUUCAUGUCCUGAAGUAUAUGAAAAGGUCUUGCCUUUACUCAACAAUCGUCCGGGAAGUGCUUCUGCAGGUGCAACUAUUCUUGGUGCUCAUGUCGAGGGUCCAUUCAUAUCUUAUGAAAAAAAGGGCGCACAUAAUCCUGGAGUCUUUAAAGAUGCCAAACGUGGAAUUGAAGACCUUGAUGAAGCCUAUGGAUCUCAACUGAAGAAAGGAAGUGAUGCAGUCAGAAUAAUUACCUUGGCUCCAGAGAUUGAAGGUAUCUGUAAUGCAAUUCCUGACUUGGUGAAAAGAAACAUUGUCGUUUCUAUGGGACACUCUGCUUGUAAGAUUGCCCAAGCAGAAGAAGCGGUAACUAAAGGCGCCAGCAGCAUCACCCAUUUGUUUAAUGCAAUGCAAGCAUUUCAUCACCGUGAUCCUGGUCUGAUCGGUGUAUUAGGUGCAGCUGACUUACCCAUUCCCGCCACUAGCUCUCGCCAUCCUGAAGCAUCUGGAACAUCCCCUGACAGACAACAACCUGAUCCUCGUCCUUUCUACGGUCUUAUCUGCGACGGUGUUCACGUCCAUCCAAACUCUAUCCGUAUUGCUUACUAUUCUCAUCCUACAGGUGCUGUGUUGGUUACAGAUACACUGUCAGCCAUGGGACUUCCCAAGGGUGUCUAUAUCCUCGGAGGCAGUGAAGUUGAAGUAGAUGAGAAGGGUGGAGCCUAUAUCAAGGGCACUAGAACUUUGGCUGGUAGCACAAUUACCAUUGACCAGUGCAUUCGAAACUUUAGAAAAUUCACGAACUGUAGCAUAGUAGAGGCUGUAGAAGCUGCUACACUUCAUCCUGCUCGUAUGCUGGGCAUUGAUAAUCAAAAAGGUACCCUGAACGUUGGUGCUGAUGCCGACUUUGUAUUUCUAGAUGACUCUAAUGAUGAUAUCCAAGUGAAACGUGUGUUUAUUGCUGGUGAAGAAGUUGAGUUAUAA